AAUAUUUGAUAAUUGACGUCAUCAUCAUCCGCAGCAGCAGCAGCAGACUACCAAAAAGUCAUGUAAAUAUUUACAGCACUAGUUGAGCUGUUAUCCUCUUUUCUUACUGACAACACAUAUUUAUUCUUCUACAUUUUAUGAAGAAUUCAGAACCAGACUGCAUGUAGCGACCGUGUGAUGUGCCUUGGUGUUGCAUCGUGGAGAGAGAGGCUGGCAGAGACAGGCGUGUCCAUUUCUAAUGCGCCCAGCACGGAUGAGUUGGGGACUAUGCUGUGCCCAGAAGAGGAGGCUGGUGCUGGGUGUCAUUGUCCUCUUGAUUGUGGACGUAAUCUGGGUCGCUUCAUCCGAACUCACUGUAUAUGUGUUUGUGCAGCAGCAGUACAGCAAGCCCUUUUUUAGCACGUUUGUGAAGACCUCCAUGUUCAUACUGUACCUGCUGGGCUUCCUGUUCUGGAAACCAUGGAGACAGCAGUGUGCAGCUCAGCAGCAACGUGGCAUAUCCAUUUCUGAUACUGAUUCACAUGUAACUGCUGGUGGCACUGAAAACGGCUACAAUAAUUGCCUAAGCGAGCCUCUGUAUGUGCCGGUGAAGUUUCAGGAUGUUGCUGAUAACGGUGUCAGUCGAGAGUCUAAGACUCCUGUGAGGAAGCAGCGUGUGAGGUUCAGUAAUGUGAUGGAAGUACGUGAACUUCCUCACUCACAGGCGUUGGAAGCCAAACUGUCUCGCAUGUCUCAUACUGCCACCUCACUCAGGAUUAUGGGAAAACGUAGUGUCAGUGCUGUGGCAAAAAUCAGCUUCUUCUUCUGUUUUGUGUGGUUCCUGGCAAAUCUGGCCUAUCAGGAGGCUCUAACAGACACACAGGUGGCAAUUGUAAACAUUGUGUCCUCCACCUCAGGCCUUUUCACUUUAAUCUUGGCCUCCAUCUUUCCCAGUAAUAGCAGCGAUCGCUUCACACUUUCCAAACUGCUUGCUGUUAUUCUCAGUAUGGUGGGAGUGGCUGUGGUCAGUUUUUCGGGGAUGGACAGUUCUGGUGGAAAAGGCACUAUUGGCUGUCUCUGGUCACUGCUGGGUGCGAUGUUAUACGCUGUCUACAUCGUUAUGCUAAAAAGAAAAGUUGAUCGAGAGGAGAAGUUGGACAUCCCAAUGUUCUUUGGCUUUGUGGGCUUGUUUAGCCUGCUGCUGUUAUGGCCUGGCUUUGUGCUGCUGCACUACUCUAGGUUGGAGCUGUUCGAGAUGCCCAAUCGCAUUGUAAUCAGCUACAUCCUCAUCAACGGCCUGAUCGGCACUGUGCUCUCAGAGUUCCUCUGGUUAUGGGGCUGUUUUCUCACUUCAUCUCUAAUUGGGACACUGGCUCUAAGUUUGACAAUUCCGCUGUCCAUCCUGACCGAUAUGUGCUUGCAGAAGACAAGUUUCUCGUGGUUAUUCUUUGCUGGGGCAAUUCCAGUUUUUCUCUCCUUCUUCCUGACUGCACUCCUGAGCCACUACAAUAACUGGGACCCGGCAAUGGUGGCACUGCGGAGAGUUUUCUCCUUUAUCUGCCACAAGCACAGGAUUCACAGAUUAGCAGAGGACAGUGAGCAGUGUGAAAGUCUCAUUCCCUUACAGAGCUCUGCCCUCGAGAACAGGGAUUUUUGCUCUUGAUUAACAUUUUAAAAGGAACGAAGAAGGAGUGCAAAUGACAAUCCGAAACCUGCCUUUGUGCCUUGUAUUACUUCUUCCUCCUUCUCCUCCUCCUCCUCCUCCUCACAUGUUCUGAAGACCCUGUGAUUGACCAUUUUUAAUCCUCAUUUUGUUGGCUGUGAUAUCUCAGGGCCAGAAUCCAGGCAAGCAGCUUUCACUGGUCGUGAUGGAUGAUCCAGGCACACUGACUGACUUUCCAAUCACAGUAUCAAAACCGAGCCUUUGCCACACAAAAUGGAAUAGCGAUCAGCAGAAUCUGAGAUCUUGCAUUAACAAAUGUGCCUGCAAGGUCUUUCACAUAUUACAAUACACAAACAGGUGUAAUACAUUUUGUGUGUGUGUGUGUGUGUGUGUGUGUGUAUACAUGCAGAUUUGCUGGUUUCAAAUCACCAUUUUCCCAUAAAUUACAAGUAGCCUAUUAUCUUUUUAAUCUUUGUACUGUAGAUAGUGUCUAUAGUGUCAAGGUCUAGUCAAUCCUUAAUGAUGUAUUUCACCAUUGAAACAAGACACUAAAAUCAUGCAACAUGGCAAUUAAUAUUUUGUGUGUAUGUAUUGCCAUUACCAUGUAAUUAAAAGUUUGUGUGUGUUUGGUAUGAAUUACCAAAUUCAAUCCAAUCUAAAUCCAAGUAAACACUAUUGAGCACAUA